GACGCGUGAUUGCUUCCCCCAAAACCUCACAUCCUCCCAUCCACCCUCCAUUGACCAAACGGCGGCGCUCACCUCCUCCCCGUCGACCUCCCCCGACGUCCUGCUGGCUCCCCUGCGCCCUCCGCGAUUUUGAACUUUCACCCAUGUCUUUUGAAGUCCGCGAGGGAUCUCCUUAUUUCCUCACGUGCUACUUCUGGUUCAUAUAUUGCAUAAAAUUCCGAGACUUCACUUGAUACAGGUGGAUUAUCUGGGAGUUUUGUGCUAAUACUUCCUAUUAUGUGAGUCAGUGGUAGUCGGUUUAAUUGGCAAGACUCAGCUUCUCUCAUCUGGGAUCAUAAACAAUUCUCGCUCUAGUCCCUGGUGUACCUGCUUUCGUUGAGUCUUGCCAAGAGUGGCUUCUCAUCAGUUCCGUUCUCUGCUCGUGCUGUCGUUGGACCAAUAGCUCUGUUGGUCUACUCCCUUCAGAAUACUUGUCACAUCGUGAGCUGUCCUAUUCUGCUCACACUGCAAUCUUCUGAAGCUCUCUCUCUCUGAUUCCUUUCUCUUCUCAAAACUUUUGAGAGCUACUCUCUUCUCAAGUUUGGUUGAUCCACGGUCCUUAUUUCUGUCUUCUGAGGACUGAACUUUCACCUGUUGAGCCAACCUUGACAAUUCCCUGAUUGGUGUUGAUAAUUGCAUAUUCUGGUGAAGCAUUUCUGCUUGUGUUUCACGCUAGGAUCUCUCUGUUCUUUCUUCUUACUGAGCGCAAGACACCCACUGCGCUGAUGGCUCAAACUUGCCUGCCACCUGGCUUUCGUUUCCACCCAACUGAUGUUGAGCUUGUUUCAUACUACCUGAAAAGGAAGAUUAUGGGGAAGAAGCUUUUUGUUGAAGCUAUAUCGGUGGUUGAGCUUUACAAAUUUGCUCCUUGGGACCUUCCUGAUAAAUCCUGUCUUCAGAGCAAAGAUCUUGAGUGGUUUUUCUUUUGCCCUCGUGACAAGAAAUAUCCCAAAGGGUCUAGGACAAACCGUGCCACUCCGAAUGGUUACUGGAAAACAAGUGGAAAGGAUAGAGAAAUUGUGCUGAACUCUCGCAUUGUUGGGUUGAAGAAAACCUUGAUUUUUCAUGAAGGCAAGGCACCCAAAGGCAACAGAACUGAUUGGGUGAUGUAUGAAUACAAAAUGGAAGAUGAAAGUCUGGCUUCUGCUGGUUUCUCAAAGGAUGCUUACGUACUUUGCAAGAUAUUUAAAAAAAGUGGACUCGGCCCAAGGAUUGGCGAGCAAUAUGGAGCUCCUUUUGAUGAGAAUGAAUGGGAUAAUUUAGAUGCUGGAACUUCUCUCUUCGCUAUUGCACCAUCCUCAGGUAUUGAGGACCCGCAAGCUGAAAGUUCUGCCUUGGCUACUGCCAUAGUUAUUCAGGAACCACAAGCUACUGCUCAGCAGUCUGUUCCAUCUUCUGAUAUUAACAUCAAUUCUGAUGAGGUCAAUGAAGCACCUCCUCAAAUUGAUGGAAUUUUAUUGGAUGAACUGUCAAUGUUUUUGGAUGAUUCUCCCAACCAUGACCUACCUUUUGCAGAGAAUCCUGGUCUGCCUCCAAUUUCUGAUCUUGAGGCUCAAGCUCUUGAGACAAACACUUCUGAUCUCUACAACGAAUUGGCAGGGCUUGCCUGGGCAGGAAGUGCUCCUAAUGUUGAUUUUUGUGCUAUCAACACCGGUGUUACUGAAAACAAUUUGCAGAACAUGUACCCUGGUGAUGAAUUUAUAGAACUCGAUGAUCUCUUUGCUCCUGGUGAAACCUUCUCCUCUGAUUUGGCAAAUGAUCAGUUCUUGCUGUAUCCUCUGGAUCAAUCAACAUACAAUGGUCACUACGAUUAUGCUGCUCCUCUAGCCUUUGAUGCAAGUGGGUCUCUUCCAGAGAUGACCAGCUCUUUUUAUGAUAUGCCUCCUGCUCCCAAUAACCUUGCAAGCUCCAGCUAUUUGAACCCAGCCAUGAAGGAUCCAUUCUCUUAAGUGGCUAUCGAUGUCAGAGCCAUCAUUCUUUAAUGCAAUGACUCUUCAUGAAUCUUUGAUGUUGCCAUCUCCUCUAGAUGGCCCAACAAUUCCUGGGCGUAUGACAAGGCCAACACUCUUCCGAAGCCGGAACUUGGUUGUGUCUCAAGCAUGAGCACAAUACUGGACAAGCAACCGAGCUGGUUACUGUUUGCUUGUGCAGACAAAACUGUUUAACUGCUGGUUUGAAAGUUAUCUAUCUGGACGGUGAUGCUGCAAUCCGUCAUAGUCUACAUAUUUGUGUAAUAACUGUCAACCGUAGCCUGCUGCCUGAGGGCUUACUUGACAAUCUAGUAGCUUAAUUAAUGUGGUUUACAUUUGUUUGCAGUCCUAGUUUGUAUUAACUAUUUGAAUCAUUAUUAUUAUGUUAUUAUGUGUGGAAA